AUGGUUCAUGUUCCUCCAAAUGUUCUGUUCCAGCGGCUGGAGGAGAACAUCCUCAUUUUUGUAAAGAACGAGCUGAAGAAGAUCCAAAAGGUUCUGGGUUCAGAUUACCCAGAAUGCUUAGAGAGUCGGAAGAAGGAUGAGGAGGUGCUGGAUGGUGAGGAUGAAGAGCAGUGGAGAAGCAGAGAGGCAUUUUUGAAGAUCUCUGUGCACUUCCUGAGAAAAAUGAAGCAGGAGGAGCUGGCUGAGCGUCUGCAGAGCAGACUUCUUGCUGCAGUUUGUCAGCGUGAACUCAAAUCCAACCUGAAGAAGAAGUUCCAGUCUGUGUUUGAGGGCAUCGCUAAAGCAGGAAACCCAACCCUUCUGAAUAAGAUCUACACAGAGCUCUACAUCACAGAGGGCGGGACUGCAGAGGUCAAUAAAGAACAUGAGGUCAGACAGAUUGAAACAGCAUCCAGGAAACCAGCCAGACCAGAAACAACCAUCAGACAAGAAGACCUCUUCAAAGCCUCAGAUUCAGGAGAGGAACCAAUCAGAACAGUGAUGACUAAGGGAGUGGCUGGCAUUGGGAAAACAGUCUUUACACAGAAGUUCACUCUGGACUGGGCUGAAGCAAAAAACAACCAAGACAUACUGUUCACAUUUCCAUUCACCUUCAGAGAGCUGAAUGUGCUGAGAGAGAAAAAGUUCAGCUUGGUAGGACUUGUUCAUCACUUCUUCAGUGAAACCAGAGCAGCAGGAAUCUGCAGGUUUGAAGAGUUCCAGGUUGUGUUCAUCUUUGACGGUCUGGAUGAGUGUCGACUUCCUCUGGACUUCCACAACAAUGACAUCCUGACUGAUGUCACAGAGACCUCCUCAGUGGAUGUGCUCCUCACAAACCUCAUCAGGGGGAAUCUGCUUCCCUCUGCUCGCCUCUGGAUAACCACACGACCUGCAGCAGCCAAUCAGAUCCCUCCUGAGUGUGUUGGCAUGGUGACAGAAGUCAGAGGGUUCACUGACCCGCAGAAGGAGGAGUACUUCAGGAAGAGGUUCAGAGAUAAGAAGCAGGCCAGCAGGAUCAUCUCUCACAUCAAGACCUCACGAAGUCUCCACAUCAUGUGCCACAUCCCAGUCUUCUGCUGGAUCACUGCUACCGUUUUGGAACAGGUGUUGAAGACCAGAGAGGGAGGAGAGCUGCCCAAGACCCUGACUGAGAUGUACAUCCACUUCCUGGUGGUUCAGUCCAAAGUGAAGAAGGUCAAGUACGAUGGAGGAGCUGAGACAGAUCCACACUGGAGUCCAGAGAGCAGGAAGAUGAUCGAGUCUCUGGGAAAACUGGCCUUUGAUCAGCUGCAGAAAGGCAACCUGAUCUUCUAUGAAUCCGACCUGACAGAGUGUGGCAUCGAUAUCAAAGCAGCCUCAGUGUACUCAGGAGUGUUCACUCAGAUCUUCAGAGAGGAGAGAGGACUGUACCAGGACAAGGUGUUCUGCUUCGUCCAUCUGAGUGUUCAGGAGUUUCUGGCUGCUCUUCAUGUCCAUCUGACCUUCAUCAGCUCUGGUGUCAAUCUGCUGUCAGAAGAACAAACAACCUCCCUGUUGUCUAAAGUCUUUAGAGACAAACCUGAGCCAAUGCUUCUCUACCAGAGUGCUGUGGACAAGGCCCUACAGAGUCCUAAUGGACACCUGGACUUAUUUCUCCGCUUUCUCCUGGGUUUUUCUCGAAAGACCAAUCAGAAUCUCCUACAAGGUCUAAUGGCACAGACAGAAAGUCGCUCACAUACCAAUCAGAUACAGACAGUCCAGUACAUCAAGGAGAUGAUCAGUGAGAAUGUGUCUCCAGAGAAAAGCAUCAAUCUGUUCCACUGUCUGAAUGAACUGAAUGAUGGUUCUCUAGUGGAGGAGAUCCAACAGUCCAUUAGAUCAGGACGUCUCUCCACAGAGAAACUCUCUCCUGCUCAGUGGUCAGCUCUGGUCUUCAUCUUACUUUCAUCAGAGGAGGAGCUGGAGGUUUUUGACCUAAAGAAAUUCUCUGCUUCAGAGGAGGCUCUUCUGAGGCUGCUGCCAGUGGUCAAAGCCUCCAACAAAGCUCUACUGAGUGGCUGUAACCUCUCAGAGAGAAGCUGUGAAGCUCUGUCCUCAGUCCUCAGCUCCCAGUCCUGUAGUCUGAGAGAUCUGGAUCUGAGUAACAACGACCUGAAGGAUUCAGGAGUGAAGCUUUUGUCUGCUGGCAUGGAAAGUGCACACUGUGAACUGGAGACUCUCAGGCUGUCAGGCUGUCUGAUCACAGAGGAAGGCUUUGCUUCUGUGGCAUCAGCUCUGAGCUCCAACCCCUCCCACCUGAGAGAGCUGGACCUGAGCUACAACCAUCCAGGAGACUCAGGAGUGAAGCUGCUUUCUGCCGGACUGGAGGAUCCUCACUGGAGACUGGAGACUCUCAGGGUGGAGCCUGCUGGAGUCCGAUGGAUGAGACGAGGUCUGAGGAAGUAUUCCUGUGAACUCACAAUCGACACAAACACAGUAAACAGAAAACUCAAACUGUCUCAGAACAACAGGAAGGUGACACAUGUGGAGGAGUAUCAGUCACAUUCUGAUCAUCCAGACAGAUUUGACCACCGGCCUCAGCUGCUGUGUAGAACUGGUCUGACUGGUCGCUGUUACUGGGAGGUCGAGUGGAGAGGAAGCGUUUAUGUAUCAGUGAGUUACAGAGGAAUCAAAAGAAAAGGAGACAGUCAUGACUGUUGGUUUGGACACAAUGAUCAGUCCUGGAGUCUGAUCUGUUCUGAUAAAGGUUACUCUGUCCGUCACAAUAAGACAGUAACACACAUCUCCUCCUCCUCCUCCUCCUCCUCCUCCUUUGGUAGAGUAGCAGUGUAUGUGGACUGUCCUGCUGGCUCUCUGUCCUUCUACAGAGUCUCCUCUGACUCACUGAUCCACCUCCACACCUUCAACACCACAUUCACUGAACCUCUUUAUCCUGGGUUCUUGCUCUGGUCCAGUUCUGGUUCCACAGUGUCUCUGUGUUCAUGCAAAGGACGGAGAGUCUCAUACUUGUAGAGAACCCCCCCCCCCACCGUCGACACCGCUAGCGCAACCUCCCCCGGAGCCAGAACAGUUGAGAACCACUGAUUUAGAUAUUGGGCCCUAAUUAAUAAUUUCAUAUUUUGGGGAGUUUUUCCUGUGCCGAUGUGAGGGUUUGGGGACAGAGGAUGUUGCAUGUGUACAGACUGUAAAGCCCUCUGAGGCAAAUUUGUAAUUUGCGAUUUUGGGCUAUACAAAAUAAAAUGAAUUGAAUUGAAUUGAA